AUGGCCUCCCGUGCCCUUGUCACUGGUUCUCUCCGGUCUCUCCCUCCCCUUCCCCCAUCGCCUGCCCCUACCUGCGUUCCUUGCGUCGAGGGGUGGCAGCGCGCCGCUCCUCACUCCUCCGAGUUCCCUCCGACGGAGGCUCCCCUGCAGACUCUUCACAUGGACGUGUGGGGCCCAUCCCGCGUCUGUGGACAGGGUCACGAGCGCUACUUUCUGCUGGUCGUUGACGACUACUCGCGUUACACCACAGUCUUCCCCUUGCGCCGCAAGGGUGAGGUCACUGAGGUGCUGAUCGUCUGGAUCCACGCAGCCCGUCGCCAGCUCAGCGAGAGUUUCGGCUCGGACCUUCCUGUUCUGCAUCUGCACUCCGACAGAGGUGGAGAGUUUUCCUCCGACCUUCUGAGGGCCUUCUGUCGUGCGGAGGGCAUCCGCCAGACGUUCACGCUUCCGGCCUCUCCACAACAAAAUGGGAUUGCUGAGCGCCGCAUUGGCAUGGUCAUGGACGUCGCUCGUACGUCCAUGAUCCAUGCGGCUGCUCCCCAUUUUCUGUGGCCGUUCGCGAUUCAGUACGCUGCGCAUCAGCUCAACCUCCAGCCCCGGGUCUCCAUGCUGGAGACCACACCUGCUCUGCGCUGGACGGGGAAGGUUGGCGAUGCGUCUGCGUUCCGUCCUCCCUCGGUAGACCCCCUCCCCCCUCAGGGUCCUGCCCCCUCAAGUGUGUCCCAGGUAGACGCAGUCGAGCCUGUCGAGGUAGCUGUUGACUCUGGUGCUGCUAGGGGUGCUGAGCCUGCGGGUGCCGGGUCUGGGGGUGCUGAGCCUGAGCGUGCGGAGCCUGAGGGUGCUGAGUCUCGGGGUGCUAAGCCUGGGGGUGCUAGGCCUGGGGUCGCUGAGUCUGGGGGUGCUGAGCCUGAGGGUGCUGAGCCUGAGGGUGCUGAGCCUGCGCGUGUGGAGUCUGGAGGUGCUGAGCCUGGAGGUCCAUCGGGUGCUUCGUCCCGACGGGAGCCACUCUCUCCACAGCAGCUGCGCGAGUGGUUUGCUCGGCGCUGGAGCCGUGCUGCUGGAGCUGGUGGUGCUACGGGCGCUGGAGGUCCUGCUGCUGCUGGAGCUGCUGGGGGUUCUGGAGCCACUGGUCCCGGAGGUGCUCGUACUGGAGCUGCUCGGCCUGGUGGUGCUGCUGGAGCUGGAGCUGCUGGAGGUGCUGGAGCUGGCAGUGCUGCUGGAGCAGGUGCUGCUGGAGGUACUGGAGCUGGCGCUACUGGAGCUGCCUGGGCUUCUGGUGGUCCUGCUGGAGCUGGAGCUGCUGGAGGUGCUAGAGCUAGAGGUGCUGCUGGAGCCAGUGCUCCUGUGGGUGCUAGAGUUGGCGCUCCUGGAGCUGCUGGAGGUGCUGCUGGAGCUGGAGGUGCUGCUGGAGUUGGAGCUGACGCUGGGGGUGCUGGUGCUGUCCCUGCUGGUUCUGGAGGCGCUGCGUGGCCGCGGCCGUACUUCGUUCCGCUCCUUCAGCAGGUUCUUGGUCUCCCGCCUUCUACUGGUCCUGCUCCUUCCUUAGAGUAUCCACCGCGUGUCCAGUCGCAGUCACAGUUAAACCCCGCCUCCCCACUGCCGGCUCCUUCUCCUAUCACUGGUCCACCCGGAGGUCUUGCUGAGCGUCGUGAGCCCGAGUCUCGUCCUGCGUCGCCUGUUCGUGCUGCUCGCACUAGUCGUCGUGGUUCCCGUCAGCGUCCUCCUCCUAUCCCUGGCACACACCAAAUGGCUCUGCGUCCUUCCACUCCUCCGCAGCGUGUCCCCCUGCCGUCUCCUCAUCUGUCCUCUCUUCCUGCCCUUGCUGACCCGGAGUCUGACUCCCUUCGUGCUGCUAGUCCUACUGUCACGCGUCUCCUGGCCACUGUUGUCACUGACCCUUCCUUUGAGUCCACUGCUGCGUCUGCCUUAGUUGCUGAGCUUGUCCACUUUGCUGCUCGCUGUCGUCUAGACUACGCCGCUAGUCUUGUUGCUGAGUCAGAGUCUGUCUGUCCUCCGUCCGUCGGGGGUGAGUGUGCUCUUAGCACAGACGUCCUUGAGGACAGGCAGGAGGAGUUCCAGUGUUUUGCUGCUGCUUUACCUCAUCUCGUAUCCAUGCUGCUUGCCCCUGAGGGAGACUUGGAUGCACCAGACAUCCCGACCACGCGCUCUUACGCAGAGGCGAUAGAGGGUCCCUACUCCUCUCAGUGGCAGACAGCCAUGGACGCAGAGAUGGCUUCCUGGAAGUCCACAGGCACCUACGUCGACGAGGUUCCCCCACCUGGGGCGAACAUUGUCGAUGGCAUGUGGAUUUUCAGGGUGAAGCGGCCGCCGGAUUCUCCGCCUGUCUUCAAGGCGCAAUACGUGGCUCGAGGCUUCAGUCAGCGGCAGGGAGUUGACUACUUUCAGACCUUCUCUCCCACCCCGAAGAUUACCACUCUUCGGGUACUGCAGCACGUCGCUGCUCAGCGUGACUAUGAGCUUCACUCUCUUGACUUCAGCACAGCCUUCCUACAGGGCUGCCUGCACGAGGAGAUCUGGCUACGCCGCCCACCUGGCUUCACUGGGUCUUUUCCUCCUGGGACCCAGUGGAGCCUCCGGCGGCCAGUCUACGGUCUCCGCCAGGCACCCCGUGAGUGGCACGACACACUGAGGACUACGCUUGCGGCUCUUGGGUUUGCUCCUUCCACUGCUGACCCGUCGCUGUUUCUCCGCACCGACACUACUCUGCCGCCUUUCUACAUCCUCGUGUACGUCGACGACUUGGUCUUUGCUACUGCUGACACUGCUGGACUCGCCCACGUGAAGUCGGAGCUGCAGAAGAGCCACACGUGCACAGACCUGGGUGAAGCGCGCAGCUAUCUUGGCUUGCAGAUCACCCGGGACAGAGCACGGCGCACCAUUACCUUGACUCAGUCACACAUGGUGCAGCAGGUCCUUCAGCGCUUCAACGUACUCCUCGCCUCAGGCCACUCCUCUGUCUACUCGCCACUCGCUCUCAGCUCUGGCUUCGGAUGA